UCCUCCUCACACUUGCGGAGGAUGGGGAAGGGUGUUUAGUGUUGCUAAGCAAAGGCUGCGACUUGGUCAUUGCGAGCUCGUGGUGACAUCUUGAUUAGGCCUUGGGGACAGAUGUAGAGCUGCCUGAGGUGAAAUGCCGAGACAGGCUGGGGUGGGAAUGGGUCAUAAAAGAACCUAGGUAAAGAGGGGUCCCCCGGCAGCAGAUGCCUCCGCCUGGAACUGAGAUGCAAGGGGCCUCAGCCUCCUCCCCACAAUAGAGCUGGGGAUGGGCGUCUUUCUCUGUUCCUGUCCCCACUCUUCCCUGCCAGCAGGCUAGCAUCCCGCCCCCUGGAGCCCGUGGUCACGAAGGCAAAGCAGUUAGGACGAGGUCCCUUCAGAGAAGCCUGGAGGCUCUGGGACCCCACAGCUGGCUCUUCCCUCGAGGGGGCCACUGUUUGGAGGGAUGGAGAAAGGGCAGGAGGAACCGAGGGCUGGGCCCCCUCCACUGGGAAACACAUCUAGCUGGUGGGACCCUGCUCCAGCUCCUUCCUCGCCUUCCUGCUUUUAUGCCCUUUACCGGCCUCCUGGUUCCUCUGAUGUGAACCUCAUGAUUUGGCUUUGCCCUCCGGGGGGUUUGGAUUCAGCCAACGUAGGAUGACUCGGACCAAGAAAAUUUCUCUGAGACCUAAGGGCAACCCUAUUUCUUGGCUUUGAUAGUCUGGGAUUUCUCGGGAGUCCCAGGCGUUUGAAAUUCCCUCACUGGGUUUUCUGGGGCAGAGAGAGGAACUGCUGAACUUCCUAAAUCAGACUCUUGUUCUCUUCACCAUCCAGCUGAAACUCAAAAUCCCUGGAGCCCCCGAAGACUUUCUAACCCCUGAAAUGGAUUUAUUUUAGGUAUUAGUCCCCUAAAAGUCAACCUGAGCCUGUUUUGCCUCUUACCUUUAUCCUAGGGAGGGCAGUGGCAUCAAAGAGCCUCUUGAACUACAGGUGUGACCCUGAAAGUACCUGCUCCUCCUGUACCCAGGCCUUAAGAGGGAGAAUCAAAGAGAAUGUUGUCCCCUUACUGUCCCUAAAUAUCCCUGUAAGGAUGUUUUCCCCAUAUAUCAAGCCCCAGGCCCCAAGAGGCAGCCUCAGCCCAGUAGGCUGGGACCAGAGAUGGCUUUCCAGCCACCUCACUCAUCCUUUUAGGGUCAAGGACUUAGCGCCAGGCCCCGGAGCCCUGUUCUUCCCCCAUUACUAACAUCCAGUGAUUUAGGACAAGUCAGCCCUUUUACCCCUUGCAACCUUAGCAAACCCUACUCAGUUAAGAGGACAUAUUUUAAAACUGGGUCUGAGUCUACAGGUCUCAACUCACAGCUCUGAGAUGCUCACUUGGUGAUAUGUGUGUGGUAUUGAUAGGGGGCAACAUUUUUUUUUUUUUAGAUAACCACGGCUCACCUAAAGAGCCACAGCCGGGGAACCUCGGUUUCAAGCCGUAAGGCUUCUUCAAUAGGUAGUGAAUAGAUGUCCUCAGGCUUUGAUGGGCUAGAGUGGGGGAAAUGGGGCUUUUAGUAGAGGCGGCGAAUGGGAAGCGGCCCCAUCCUGAGCGGUUGUUUUCUUCCCGCUGACCGAAGCUGGAGAGGGAUCCCUCAGGAGGGUGUGCUCCGGAUCUCUUGCCUCAGGCCCAGGACUCCAACCAUUUUAUAAUGGAACCUUUAUUUUGUGAAAAUUCAGGGGCAAUUCCAGCCACCCUUCCUGCAGAUCCCGAAUCCGGUGUUGGGGGCUCCGGAGAGUAACAGUAGGGAAGAACGUCUGUCCUGAACCGCCUCCCUCGCAAGGCCCCCAUUUUCCUCUCCACCCCGGCCCGCCCAGCCCCAGCCCUGCUUCCUGUGGACGUCAGGCAGUGAAGCUCUUCCCCUCAGGCCUAGAUGAAGGUAGGGUGGGCAGGCAGCAGCCACUGAGCCCGCGGAAGUCGGCGCCGGGCACCCAGGCUGGCGAGGGCACGAGGUAUGGUGCCCCACACACAGUGGGGCCUCGCAUGUGGCUGCAAGAUAAAUGUUUGUGAAAUGUCACUGAACUUUGAAGAGAUCGGGCGUAGACGGAAGAUGGCUCGAGCUGUAGCUUCACCUUCCUUCUUGUUGUCUCCUCCAAGGUAGCGGGGACUCGUCUCUGGAGAAGGAAUUCCUUGGGGCCCCAGUGGGGCCCGCAGUGAGCACCCCCAACAGCCAGCACUCGUCUCCCAGCCGCUCACUCAGUGCCAACUCCAUCAAGGUGGAGAUGUACAGCGAUGAGGAGUCGAGCAGACUGCUGGGGCCAGACGAGCGUCUCCUGGAGAAGGAUGACAGUGUGAUCGUGGAGGACUCCUUGUCGGAGCCGCUGGGCUACUGCGAUGGAAGCGGGCCGGAGCCCCACUCCCCCGGUGGCAUCCGCCUGCCCAAUGGCAAGCUCAAGUGUGACGUCUGCGGCAUGGUCUGCAUUGGGCCCAACGUGCUCAUGGUGCACAAGCGCAGCCACACGGGGGAGAGGCCCUUCCACUGCAACCAGUGCGGCGCCUCCUUCACCCAGAAGGGCAACCUGCUGCGCCACAUCAAGCUGCACUCCGGGGAGAAGCCCUUCAAGUGCCCCUUCUGCAACUACGCCUGCCGCCGGCGUGACGCGCUCACCGGCCACCUCCGCACACACUCGGUCUCCUCCCCCACGGUGGGCAAGCCCUACAAGUGCAACUACUGCGGCCGGAGCUACAAACAGCAGAGCACCCUGGAGGAGCACAAGGAGCGCUGCCACAACUACCUGCAGAGUCUCAGCACUGAAGCCCAAGCUCUGGCUGGCCAGGCAGGCGACGAGAUACGGGACCUGGAGAUGGUGCCAGACUCCAUGCUGCACUCAUCCUCUGAGAGGCCAACUUUCAUUGACCGUUUGGCCAACAGCCUCACCAAACGCAAGCGUUCCACCCCCCAGAAGUUUGUAGGUGAGAAGCAGAUGCGCUUCAGCCUCUCGGACCUGCCCUACGAUGUGAACGCGGGCGGCUAUGAGAAGGACGUGGAGCUGGCGGCGCACCACGGCCUGGAGCCUGGCUUCGGGGGGCCUCUGGCCUUCGUGGGGGCCGAACAUCUGCGUCCCCUCCGCCUGCCACCCACCAAUUGCAUCUCAGAACUCACGCCUGUCAUCAGCUCUGUCUACACUCAGAUGCAGCCCCUCCCUGGGCGACUGGAGCUUCCGGGGUCCCGGGAGGCAGGUGAGGGGCCCGAGGAUCUAGCUGACGGAGGUCCCCUCCUCUACCGGGCUCGAGGCCCCCUGACUGACCCCGGGGCCUCCCCCAGCAAUGGCUGCCAGGACUCCACAGACACAGAGAGCAACCACGAGGACCGGGUCGGGGGGGUGGUGUCACUGCCUCAGGGCCCCCCACCCCAGCCUCCUCCCACCAUGGUGGUGGGCCGGCCCAGCCCUGCCUACGCCAAAGAGGACCCCAAGCCGCAGGAGGGGUUGCUGCGGGGCACCCCAGGCCCCUCCAAGGAAGUGCUCCGGGUGGUGGGCGAGAGCGGCGAGCCAGUGAAGGCCUUCAAGUGCGAGCACUGCCGCAUCCUCUUCCUGGACCACGUCAUGUUCACGAUUCACAUGGGCUGCCACGGCUUCCGAGACCCUUUCGAGUGCAACAUCUGUGGCCACCACAGCCAGGACCGGUACGAGUUCUCUUCCCACAUUGUCCGGGGGGAGCACAAAGUGGGCUAGCGGCCUCCUCCCCCGCCGCAGUGCACCCCCCACGCCCUGCCUGCAGGAGGCUGGCCUGUCCCCACCGCGGCCCUAGGAGCUGGGCUGUGUAGCCCCCACCACCGGCUCCCUGGCUUCACCCCUGACCCUGACCCGUCCUCACCUGUGCUCCUCCGCCCCCCGACUGAUCUAAGCGUUGUGAUGAAACAGGUCUUUUGCUUAUCUUUCUCCUUUUUCUCUUCUCCUUUCAUCCCAUCAUACUCACUGAGUUAUUUAUUAAUAUAAUUUGUUGAGUUUUCUUUUGCUUCUUUUUUUUUAACUUCUAUCACUCGCCACACCGCCACCCUCCUCCCCACAGCCCCCUCCACGUCAGGCCUGAUUUUUCUCUUUGCGCUUUCUCCAGCAGCCCCAGGAGUGGGAAGCUCCCCUUAGUGCUGAGAGGCCUCGGGCUUCCUGAUUUAGGUCCUCACCUUUGACCAUACCCGAUGCUUCCGUUUCGAUGCCAACCGCGCUCUAUACCCACCUUAGCUCUGUGGCAUUACCUCUGCCCUCCGGGACCCUGCAGCCUGGUACUCGUGGCCUCUGACCUUAGGCAGCUUGCACAGCUCCUGAUCAAAUGAAGAAACCCCUCCUUGGGAAGUAGGAGAGGCUGAAGGAAUCCUCCCCAGGCACCCUGGGACUGAGGGUCCUCUUGACAUCCCACUAGGAAUUGGAGUUCCCCAAAGCCCACAUCCGGGAUCUGCCUCUCCAGUGUGAUCUCCCCCUCUCCUCGAACAGCCCCCAGCACUGCUCUACUCUCUUCACACUGCCUGUCCACUCAGUGGUGGUUUUUCUCUCCUUGGAAUGCCCCAGCUUUAUACUCUCAGGGGCCAAGGCUAGGUCAGCAAUCCUCUGUCUCUGACACGUGUGGAGCCACAGGUGCCUAACUGGGAACCAGGGAAGGGAAUGGGUCAAAAUUCCUCUCUUUCUCUCCCACCUCUCAAACUUCCUCACUCUAGCGACCUACUUGGGCUCUCAGGGGCACCUCUGGUCCCUGUCCUAUGAGAAACUGGUGGGUUGCUGCCUGAUAACAAGGGGGCAUCCUCAGCCCCCCAGUCAUGCUGCCUUCUCUCCCCUAGCAGGAUUCACCCUCUCAUCCCCAGACUCCUGGGCCCUGUUCUUAGGAUCAGUGGCAGGGGGAAAAGGAUGUCUCUUUUCUCUCUCUUAACUCUCAGUAUAACCAAAAAUUCUCCCCAGGAUGAGCAAGGGCAGACGCCCCUCUCCCCAUCCCAGUCUUGGGCCAGCGAGAAUGGGAUGGACACAGCUGAAUGGGAGAGCCAUCCUUUACUACCCCUCCUACACUCAGCUCCCGGAUGUAGGGCAGGAGGGGGCACGCUCCUGGCUGCUGCAGAGACUCCUGGCUGUUUGGGUGACCUAGACAGUGACAGGGGCAGGAGGGGAUCGCUCCACCGCCGAGUGGGGGUCUCUUUCCACAAGAGCUCCCUGCCCAAGGCCACAGCCAUCCCAUUCUCUGCUUCCCUGAGAUUCAAACCAAAGCCUGUUUUUCUAUAUUUAAAAGUUAAAAAGUAAAAACCAAACAGAACACCUCACAAGUUGUAACACUUGGUCCUUCUCUCUCUCUUGCUCCCCCCUCUUUUCUCUUCCUUCCGUUUUUCUUUCCACAAGUCCUCUCCUUAUGGGCUCUUUUGCCUCCUGCUUUCUCACUCCCUAUCAGGGAUAAUUCAGGGGGCUGGUAAAGGGUUGGUUAAGGAACAGACCCUGGGAUUGGGGCUCGUAAGGGCUCUCAGGAUCUCAGGCUCUGCCUUAUCCUGUUAUGGGAAGGGAGACCCUGAACACCUCCUUCUCCUCUGCUCCCCCAGUCUGUGGUCUCCCCAGGAGAACCAGAUUGUCAGGGGGGGACACUGUGGGUUGCCUGUGUCUCCUUGACAAUGUAGCAAUAAACAGAUGCUGCCAGGGGCAGGGGCUCGGGGAGCCGCCUCGGAGGAGCCUGUCUCUGGAGAAGGGGAGAGUCUUCCUGAGAGCACCCCCAGGGAGCUGGCUCCCUCUUUCAGGAUGUCAGCAGACCUGAGAUUCUUCUCUGGGGUUCCCCUCAGCCCUCCUGCUUAUCGAGCCCCUUCCCAUGAGCCCUGCCCUCACCGCCUCUUCUGCGUCUGCUGUGUAUUUGGUGACACCUCACAAGACUAGUCCCUUCUGGGGUAUCGGAGCCUCGGGGUGCCCCGUCCCCUCCCCAUCAGUUUUGGCACCUGUAACCUCCUGGAACAUGAAGGACUGUGCUCCGAGGCCAUGCUCUGAGCCCGUGAGAGCAGAGACUGGAAGGGCGAGCCCAGGUGCUACGGAGGGGAGAGAAGGGCGCUCUGUCUCUCCAGACCAUCACUGCACUUUAACCAGGGUCUUAGGUACAAAAUCCUGCUUUCCAGAGCCUGCCAGCUCUGGAACCUCAAACAUCCUCAUGCUCUCUCCUAGCUCCUUUUGCAUAAAAAAAGAAAAAAAAAAGUAAGAAAAAGAAAAAACACACAUUGAAACCCACAUGGAGAAAAGAGGUGUUUUCCUUUUAUAUUGAUAUUUAAAAUCAACACCACACAAAAAAAUUUCUAAAUAGACACUUUUCCAGACCUUUGUUUUUUCGUGUCAGUGUCCAAGCUGCGGAUGCGAUUUUGUAAUACUUCUGGCAGCUUCUUUCCUUGUGUACAUAAUAUAUAUAUAUAAUAUAUAUUUUUGAUCAGAAGUUAUGAGAACAAAAAGAAAAAAUAAAACACAGAAGUAAGUGCAAUACCACCUCUCUCCUCCCUCUGCCAGGGUUUCAUUUGUAGCCUCUGCUGGGUGUCUCCUUGGAUCUUACCCCUUCACCUCCUCCUCUUCCUCUGGGGCCCCCUCCCUCCUUUUUUUUUUUUUUAAAGAGUUUUUCUCCUUUCUCAAGAGGAGUUAAACUAGCUUUUGAGACUUAUUGCAAAGCAUUUUGUAUAUGUAAUAUAUUGUAAGUAAAUAUUUGUGUAACGGAGAUAUACUACUGUAAGUUUUGUACUGUACUGGCUGAAGGUCUGUUAUAAAUAAACAUGAGUAAUUUAACACCC